GGCGGCGCCGGCGGCUUCAACUGCGGCAGCGACGGCUAGGGCGACGGAAGAAGAACCUCCAUCAGCCGGCGGUCGAGUUAGGCCUCAGCAGCCCCCGGAGCGGCUCGAGCCGCCCGCGAGAGAUCUCCAUAGAGACCGUGACAAACACCGGCGCGCGGGGCCGCGCCAGGUGGCCGGAGCGGAGCCCGAACGCCGGCCUCACCCGCCGCCUUCCUCCGUGGUUGCCGGCGUGCGCGCUCUCUCGGUUCCCGCUCGCACCCUCGCGGUUCUCGGUGUGUCGGGUCUGUGCCUUACGGGGUGGGCCACCGCCGCUGGACUUUGUGGCCGGGGCCGGGCGGGGGCGGCCUGAAGGCCGCCGCCUCUGCCUCUCCCGCCCGUGAGCGGGAAGACGCCCAGGCUCCGCCAUGGCCUCCGGAGCCGGAGGAAUAGGAGGGGGCGGUGGCGGCAAGAUCCGGACGCGGCGCUGCCACCAGGGGCCAAUUAAGCCUUACCAGCAGGGGCGACCACAGCAUCAGGGCAUUCUUAGUAGAGUUACAGAAUCUGUUAAGAACAUUGUGCCAGGUUGGCUACAAAGAUACUUCAAUAAGAAUGAAAAUGCAUGUAGCUGUUCAACAGAUGCAAAUGAAGUACCACACUGGUCAGAAAAUAGAGAAGAUGACCAUAUGAUCUUUGCUGAUGAAGAAAGCUCAAAUAUUAAUGAUGGGAGAAUCACCCCUGAGCCAGCAGUUGGCAAUACAGAAGAACCAUCAACAACCAGUACUGCUUCAAAUUAUCCAGAUGUAUUAACAAGGCCUUCUCUUCAUCGGAGUCACCUGAAUUUCUCCAUGUUGGAAACCCCUGCAUUACACUGUCAGCCAUCCACAUCCUCUGCGUUCCCAAUCGGCAGUUCUGGAUUUUCCCUUGUAAAGGAAAUUAAAGAUUCUACCUCUCAGCAUGAUGACGAUAACAUCUCAACCACCAGUGGUUUUUCUUCAAGAGCUUCUGAUAAAGACAUAGCAGUUUCAAAGAACACUUCCUUGCCACCUCUUUGGUCCCCAGAAGCUGAUCGUUCUCAUUCACUCUCACAGCAUACUGCCACCAGCUCAAAAAAACCAGCAUUUAACUUGUCUGCCUUUGGAACACUGUCCCCUUCACUUGGGAAUUCUUCAAUUCUUAAAGCAAGUCAGCUUGGAGAUUCUCCUUUCUAUCCAGGAAAAACAACGUAUGGGGGGGCAGCAGCAGCUGCAAGACAGUCCAAACUACGAAAUACACCUUAUCAGGCACCAGUUAGAAGACAGAUGAAAGCUAAGCAGCUUAAUGCACAAUCUUACGGUGUGACCAGUUCCACAGCUCGACGGAUAUUGCAGUCUUUAGAGAAGAUGUCAAGCCCUCUAGCAGAUGCAAAAAGAAUUCCAUCUGCUGUUUCUUCUCUAAAUUUUCCUUUCAAUAGAAGUGGGAUAGAUACUACAGUUUUUCAGGCCAAAACAGAAAAGGUGGACUCUCAGUAUCCCCCUGUUCAGAGACUUAUGACCCCAAAGCCAGUUUCCAUAGCAACAAAUAGGACUGUCUAUUUUAGACCAUCUCUAACCCCAUCUGGUGAAUUAAGGAAGACGAAUGAAAGGAUAGAUAAAAAGCACAGUACUAUGUAUGAAAAAACAACAUCAAGACAAAAUAGAGAACACGAAAGUAGCUUUUCGUACCCAAAUUUCAGUAUUCCUGCAACCAAUGGCUUAUCAUCUGGAGUAGUAGGUGGUGGAGGUGGCAAGAUGAGACGAGAGAGAACACGUUUUGUUGCUUCUAAACCUCCAGAGGAAGAGGAAAUGGAAGUACCAGUGUUACCGAAAAUCUCUCUACCAAUCAACAGUUCUUCACUUCCUACCUUCAAUUUUAGCUCUCCUGUGAAUACAACUUCCUCUCCCUCGCCCAUCAGCCCUUCUCAAUCAUUGACAAACAAGGUACAAAUGACCUCCCCAGGCAGCACUGGCAGUCCUAUGUUCAGAUUUUCAUCUCCAAUUGUAAAAUCUACUGAGGCAGAUGUACUACUACCUCCACCAUCUAUUGGAUUUACAUUUAGUGUGCCUGUUGCAAAAACAGAAAUUUCUUGCUCUAGCAGUACUUCAGAACCAAUUAGAAGUACUUCAGCUCAAGAUAACAUUGCAUUGAACAGUACAAGCUGUAAGAAGCGAGAUGAAGAAUAUGAGGGCCCUUUUAGACCUGCCAAAAUCCAGAAAGAAGGAAGUGUUCUAGAUAUUCUGAAAAACCCUGGUUUCACAUCACCAAAGGUAGAUUCUCUUGCUGCUCAACCUACUACUACUACAAGCCCAGUAGUUUAUACAAGACCAGCAAUAAGUACCUUUUCUUCUGGUGGAAUUGGAUUUGGAGAAAGUUUAAAAACUGGAUCCUCCUGGCAGUGUGAUACAUGUCUUGUCCAGAACAAAGUAACAGACAAUAAGUGUAUAGCUUGCCAAGCAGCAAAAUUGCCACCAAGAGAAACUGCUAAGCAGUCUGGAAUUGGGACACCAAGCAAAAGUGGCAAAGCAACUUCUGCAUCAGGGACAGGCUUUGGAGACAAAUUUAAACCAGCAACGGGAACUUGGGACUGUGACACCUGUUUAGUGCAAAACAAGCCUGAAGCGGUAAAAUGUGUUGCCUGUGAAACACCGAAGCCUGGAACUGGUGUGAAGCGAGUCCUUACAUUGACAGUGGUUUCAGAAAGUCCUGAAACAAUGACUGCUUCAGCUUCCAGUUGUACUGUGACCACUGGUAGCUUAGGAUUCGGAGAUAAAUUCAAAAGGCCUGUGGGAUCUUGGGAGUGUCCAGUAUGCUGUGUUUCUAAUAAUGCUGAAGACAACAAAUGUGUGUCUUGUAUGUCUGAGAAACCUGGAAGUUCCGUACCUGUUUCAAGUAGCAGUGCUGUACCUGUCUCUCUAUCUUCUGGAGGCUGUCUAGGAUUAGACAAGUUCAAAAAGCCUGAGGGCAGCUGGGACUGUGAAGUGUGCCUAGUGCAGAAUAAUGCAGACUCCACUAAAUGUGUAGCAUGUGAAAGUGCAAAGCCAGGCAUGAAAUCUGAAUUUAAAGGCUUUGGUGGUACUUCAUCCCCAUCUUUGAAUCCAGCGGCUUCCUCCUUUAAAUUUGGCAUCACAUCUUCUGGGCCAUCUCAGACCUUAACAAGCACUGGAAAUUUUAAAUUUGGAGAUCAGGAAGCAUUUAAAAUAGGUGUUACAUCUGACUCUGGGUCUAUUAACUCCAUGAAUGAAAGCUUUAAAUUUUCUAAACCAACUGGAGAUUUUAAAUUUGGAAUUUCAUCUGAUUCUAAACCUGAAGAAGUUAAGAAAGACAGUCAGAAUGAUAACACUUUUAAGUUUGGGUUUUGUUCUGGUUUAAGCAACCCAGUUUCUUCAACACCAUUUCAGUUUGGGGUGUCUAGCCUUGGGCAGCAAGAAAAGAAAGAGGAAUUGCCUAAAUCUUCCUCUUCAGGCUUUAGCUUUGGUACGGUCGUUAGUAACCCCACUCCUGUUGCUACUGACACUGCAGUGACCUCGGAGAGCAAGAGCACCUUCAGCUUUGGAACUAUAGAAACCAAGAGUGUCUCAGUGUCUCCUUUCACGUGUAAAAUGGAAGCAAAAAAAGAAGAGCUACCUGCUGCCAAGGGAGGGUUCACUUUUGGCAAUAUGGAAUCUGCCUCUCUGCCAACUGCCUCCGUGUUUGCUCUAGGAAGGACAGGAGAGAAACAGCAAGAGCCUGUCACUUCUACUUCUCUAGUGUUUGGGAAGAAAGUGGACAACCAGGAGCCAAAGUGUCAACAAGUAUUUUCCUUUGGGAAUUCAGAACAAACCAAAGAUGAGAGUUCUUCAAAAUCAACCUUUAGUUUCAAUAUGACAAAACCGCCUGAGAAGGAAUCAGAACAGCCAGUGAAGGCCACUUUUGCCUUUGGAGCUCAAACCAGUACUACAGCUGAUCAAGGUGCAGCAAAAACAGUUUUUAACUUCUUGAACAGUUCCUCUAGUUCAAGUACCCCAACUACUUCAGCAGGUGGUGGCAUAUUUGGUAGUUCCACCUCUUCCUCCAACCCACCUGUGGCUGCCUUUGUGUUUGGACAGGCCAGCAAUCCUGUGAGCAGCUCUGCCUUUGGUAACUCUGCUGAAUCCAGUACAUCUCAGUCUUUGCUAUUUUCUCAGGAUAGCAAACCAGCUACUACAUCCAGCACAGGUUCAGCUGUCACCCCAUUUGUCUUUGGACCAGGAGCCAGCAGUAAUAAUACUGCAACCUCUGGGUUCAGCUUUGGAGCCACAACCACAUCUAGUGCUGCAGGAUCCUCAUUUGUGUUUGGCACUGCACCUUCAGCACCAUCUGCCAGUCCAGCAUUUGGUGCUAACCAGACCCCCACAUUUGGACAAACUCAAGGUGCCAGCCAGCCCAACCCUCCAAGCUUUGGAUCUAUAUCCUCUUCAACAGCAUUGUUUCCUGCAGCUUCUCAGCCUGCGCCACCUACAUUUGGAACAGUAUCAAGCAGUAGCCAGCCUCCUGUGUUUGGACAACAGCCUAGUCAGUCUGCAUUUGGCUCUGGUUCAGCUCCUAAUUCCAGUUCUGUAUUCCAGUUUGGGAGCAGCACUACAAAUUUCAAUUUCACAAAUAAUAAUCCAUCAGGAGUAUUCACAUUUGGUGCAAAUCCUAGCACACCUGCAGCCUCAGCCCAGCCUUCAGGCUCAGGGGGUUUUGCAUUUAACCAGUCUCCAGCGGCAUUUACAGUGGGGUCAAAUGGGAAAAAUAUGUUCUCCUCUUCUGGAACUUCAGUUUCUGGUCGCAAGAUAAAGACUGCUGUUAGACGUAGGAAAUAAAGGUGACAAAGGUGUUACACCCAACAGUUUUAACAGCUGGUGCCCUGCUUUCAGAUACUGGAUUGUACUACAUGCUGGGCUUGUCGAAAGUCAGAUCUGCCUAAGGACUUCUUUAAUUUGGAAUGAUCCUCUUCUCUAUGGAAGACCCUCCCCCACCUCUCCCACCCCUUUUUUGAAAAUAAUAGCUAGACUGGUGUCUGAUUCUAAAGCAAGAACAUUUUAUGAUCCAGCACAUUAUUCACUGGCUUGGCGUAGUCUGGCUGUACCAGAAAUAGAGCCUGCACGGUGAAUGGCUUGUGUAGAACCUCUGUCUGCACCACUAUGUGUGGUGAUAAGCGUUUAUGGAACGCGUGGAAUUGUAAUUAUAUAUGAGGAAUUCUGUAUAGAUUAGAGGAUGUUGAAAUGAAUGAUUUCUAUGCUGAGUUUGUGCUGGUGUAUGUGUGAAGUGAGUGAGGUGGGUGUAUUGUGCACAAAAAUUUUCUGAUAGAAAGCGUGAUUAAAGAGUGGUCCAUGCUAAGGACCUGUUAGAUCUAGUUCAUUCUCCAUUUAAUAAUUAUAUGCUAUUUCUAUAUUUUCAUUCUAUCACCCGUCUUGCCUUUUUCAUUAUUUUAUUAUGAAACAUCUGUAAAUACAAUUGUUUCUGUACUUUUGGCAUAACAUAAAUCUGUGAACUUGAAAUUUUAAUUUUGUGUUAAGACUUUUUUGUUUAGUCUUGUCUCAGAUUUUAUUAUGUAAAUCCCAUUAUUCAAAGUUGCCUAAAUCCAUUUGAAAAUCUUAAAAAAAAUUGGAGAUUCUUAAAGUUGAAUUUAUUGGCUUUUCUGAUCCAGUUUUGUUUGGACCAAAAACCAGUAUUGUACAAAGUAUUAAGCAUAUAUUUUUAUAUUUACUGAAAUGGACUGUGGUGACUUUGGAUAAUAAGGAGAAGUUUAAUAUUAAAGCCAUGUUUAUUACAGUAUAAUUAACAUGUUAAACCAUGGGAUAAAUGCCAUCAAUAAAAAUUUAUGAAGCA